AAAGGCGUGGGAGAAAUGAUGAUGAAGGAGUUACUCUAAAGCUUUCCUCAUCGAUCUCAUUCUCACUAUCGUUCAUCAUAAAGCAUCGCAAACACAUCUUGGCUCUUCUGGAUACUAUAAAGAUUUAAUAAGCAGGCGGCGAUAGCAGCGGAUCUCAGGUGAACAGGAAAUAACACGAACCCCCCUGGCCAUGGCCCGGCGUAUGUCGUCCGCUUUCACUUUUCUGUUUUGCUUCUCAUUAUCGCAUGUGUUUCAAACUAAGGCCAAUUCUCAACACAACGUGGCCCUCCACAGGCAAAAGAGAGAAUGGAUCGUCCCUCCCCAAAUCCUAGAAGAGAAUGUAGAUUACACCAAGAAAGAUUUUAUUGCAAAAAUUCGCUCAGAUAAGGAAGAAUAUCAAGGAAGGAAUGUGAGAUACUCGCUGAGGGGUAUCGGAGCAGACCGGGAGCCUUUCAACUUAUUUGUGGUGAAUCCUGAAACCGGAUAUGUGAGAAUAACAGGAAUCCUUGACAGAGAGCAUAUCGCCCAAUAUAAUCUGUCCGGUGUGGCUACUUUCACAGAUAACACGAUUGCAGAGAAUGACAUUGGACUGAGGAUAAAAGUGAAGGACCAGAAUGAUAAUUCUCCUGUGUUUGGCUCAAUGGAAUUUGGGUCUAUAGAUGAGCUCAGCGACGUAGGUACUUCAGUGAUGAAGAUUAAUUGCCAGGAUGCUGAUGAGCCUGGAAACCCAAACUCUCAAAUCAAGUAUGAGAUUAUUGGUCAGCAACCCGACGGGCCACAGAUGUUUACAAUUGGCAGUGAUGGGGUAGUUCGUGUUAGCAAUCCGAACCUGGAUAGAGAGACCAUUGAUCAGUAUGUGCUGUUGGUCAAGGCCUCUGACCUGAACGGAGCUCCAGGUGGCCGUUCAUCCACAGGAACAAUGACCAUCAAGAUCAGCGAUGUCAACGAUAAUGUGCCUGUUUUGGAGGGCCCGUCUGAAGGCAGCAUAGAGGAGAACACAUAUGGGGUGGAGGUGAUGAGAUUUAAAGCAAAAGACCUGGAUCUUGAGGGGACGGACAACUGGGUGGCAAUGUGCGACAUUGUAUCAGGCAAUGAGGCGGGAUACUUCAGCAUUAAAAUGGACCCAAAGACCAAUGAGGCCAUACUGAUGCUUGACAAGCCUGUUGAUUAUGAGGAUGUCAAAAACAUUAACCUUGGCAUCGGUGCAGCCAACAAGGCUGAAUUCCACCACUCUAUUACUGGUGUACAAAGUGGAUUGAAUGUAAACGUUGGGGGCGGAGGAGGCGGCGGAGGCGGCGGAGGCGGCGGAGGGGGCGGAGGAGGUGGAGGAGGCGGCGGAGGGGGCGGAGGUGGAGCCGGAGGAGGUGGAGCCGGUUCUGAAGGUGGCGCUACAUUUUUGUCGUCAUCUGCGUACAAUGUAAACAUAAAAGUGAAAAACCAACCAGAGGGACCCAAGUUCAUUCCCGGAACAAAGGCCAUUCCUAUCUCAGAGGAUGGCAGUGCAUUUGACAGGACUAAAAUCAUUGCAAGAUACCCUGCCACUGAUUCAGACACGGGAAAAGAAGCUACGAAUGUAAGGUAUGCUAAAGGAUAUGACCCAGAUAACUGGCUGACAAUCGAUGAGAAUACAGGUGCUAUUAGAAUGAAUAAGGCUCCUGAUCGGGAGUCCAAGCAUCUAGUUAAUGGAACUUAUCAUGCUUACAUUUACAGCAUUACUCAAGGUAAGUUUUUGUAUUUUUCAAUCCUUUUUCGGUUCUUUCGGACCCACAUCGCGGUGGCACGCGCAGUCGAGUGGAUGCGCGUGGGAGACCAACAGCAAGACGAGACCCUCCGGUGA